AUGGCAGGAAAGAACAACACUUGUGCAGAUCUACUAUCUCGGGGCAAAUCAAACACAGAUAACGGCUGCGGGCCUAAUGAGGAAGACAUUGAGAUUGAUCGACCCGACAACAGUCUGAGGAUUGAGGCAUUGAACCCCACCAAAUUCAACCCUAAGAAUUUUGCUAGCUGCGAUUUGCCAAUUCCCGAGGCAUCUUCAUUGCCACGCAGAAUGGAAAUGGAUAUAGACAUGCAGAAAGAGCAGGAUAGGGAUGAAAACAUCACGAGCAUCAAAGAACAACUGGAAAAAGGUCACGGUGACAAGUCACACUUAAAAAGGUACUUAGUCAUAAAUGAUCUAUUGUACUAUGUCAGUGCAAUUGAGGAUGAUCCAUCGCCCAGGUUAUAUGUACCCGAAAAGUUCAAACAGAUCGUGGUCACGCAAUAUCAUGAUGCAAACGGAUACAUGGGGAUUGACAAGACAUUUGAGGCAAUAAAACUGAAAUAUUAUUGGCCCAACCUCUACAGGGAGAUAACUGAGUGUAUCGGCAAAUGUAUCACUUGUCAAUCUAGAACCAUGAAGGCCCAGAAACCAGCUUUGCAGGAAACUGAGAUUCCGCCCUACCCAUUUGCGAAGGUAAGUAUGGAUCUCUCAGGACCCUAUCCGACAACAUUAUCUGGGAAUAAAUAUAUCAUCGGCUUCGUUGACCACUUCAGCGGUUGGCCUGAGGCGUAUGCAGUACCUGAUAAAUCAGCAGAGACAGUUGCCCAUCUGAUACUAGAGGAGAUAUUCCCGAGGUUUGGCUGUCCACUACAGAUUGUCACAGAUAACGGGACAGAGAAUAUUAACAAGGUUGUCAGUGAAACAUUGUCAGCAUUAGGGAUCAACCACGUCAGGACGUCAUUUUAUCACCCCCAGUCCAAUGCAAGAGUUGAGCGAUUUCAUCGUACAUUACAUGAUGUCCUUGCGAAAAAGCUGAAUGACAACGUAACAACAUGGGACUUAUACCUAAAUCAAACCUUGGCUGCAAUUCGUUUCUACAUCUGUGAAUCAUCCAAGUUUUCGCCAUACUUCUUGUUGUACAAUCGUGACGUCGUUCUUCCUGUUGACAACCUGCUACGACCGAGACGUAAGUAUGCAGGUGACGAAGAACAUAAAACAGCACUGCAACAGCAGCACAAGGCAUUCGUUCUAGUACACAAGAACAUGAAGAAAGCAAAGAAAGACAGGCCCGAUAUGCCGACAGGAGCAGUAAACAAAAUCAAGGUUGGCGACCCUGUCUACUAUAGAUUUCAUCAAAGGAAGAGUAAGCUACAGAACAGGUGGAAGCCGUUCUACAGGGUUAUUGAACAAACAUCGCCAGUAACUUACAUCAUACGAAAUCAGCUUGAUGGAUCAACUACACGAGCUCAUGCAGAACAUCUUAGGAUUGCUAAUCUAGAUGAUUGGGAAAUUCCCAAGGACACAGAAGGUAGACCUCGAAGAAAACAACAUAAUGUUAUAUCACUAUCCUCAGAAUCAACCUCGGACGAGGAGGUACAAGGAUCAAAGGAUCCCAUGUCAAGGAUCACAAAGCGGUAUAGACAGGAACGUUCAGACUCAGACUCAGAGAAUGACGUUCCGUUAGCCCAACUUGCCAAACGCUUGAGUGCUAGGCGACGUGACUCUAUUGACAAUUCGACGGAGGACAACGGAUCAAGUGAAUCAUCAGAUAAUGAUAAUGUAUCCGUAAAUGAAGUUAAAGAGACACGUCAAUUAACCCCUGAUGAUAAGGUUAAGAAGUUGUUUGAGGCAGUAGCCGGGUUACUAUAA